UGUAUUUGUUAUGUAUUUGUCUCUCCAGAUAUUAUAUAUGUGAAAAAAGUGCAAGAUAAAAAUAGUUUUAAACGAUAUAAAAUUCAGUGAUAGAUAAUGUGUUUUCUAGAUGAGAUAAAGACUAUAAACUUCCUUUGAUAUUAAUAAAAAAAAAAGAAACAAAAAUGAAUUAAUUAUUAAAUAAAAAAAAAUACUGUUGAGAAGAAUAUUUUUAAUAUAUUAUUUUUUUUUUAUAAAUCAAGGAUAUCAAGUAUAUAUAUAAAACUUGUACUUCGAAUGGCAAUACUUAAACAUUGCGCGAGUGUGUUCGCGCCUCUACAUAUAUUUGUUUCGGGAAAUAUAAAUACUGAAUUGUAUGUAUUCUACAAUUCAUGUGUGUUGAUGUACGUACAGUGAGAAUCUGUCAAAAAGUGUGAGUAAAAAAUUUUGUUGAAAUGAAGAGUUACUGUUGGCGCAAUUCAAGAUUAUUAGAUGGAAUAAAAGAGAAUAAAGAUAAAGUCUGGCCAGAAAUACAGUCGAAAAAUCAAAAACAACGCAAAUAUGAUUCUGAGACGCGCGAUCAACAUCAUCAUCAUCAUCAGUCAUUGGAAAAUUCAUUAAUUGGAAAUAAUUCAUUAGCUGAUAAUUUAAUUGACAAUAUUAAUUGUCAUCAAUUGGAAAGAAAUUUAAAUUAUUGUGAUUUUCCUGAAUUGGGAAAAAUUAUGUCGAGACGAAAAAAUGAUUUUAGAAAGGAUCCUGAUGCAAUUGUUGCUGAUGAUGUUAUCAUUACUAUUAAAGAGGAAGGUGAAGAUAAAUUAAAAACAAGAAAAUACAUUAAAAGAUCCGAAAGAACAAAUUUAUUUCGGAUUAAUAUUCAACAAGUUUUGGAGAAUCAAAGAAGCCUGAAAAAUUCUCUCGCUGAAAAGAAAAUAAAAUGCUGUGAUCGAAUUGUCGAAACGAAGGGUAAUAAAAUUUAUUUAUCAAAGGCAAAAAGACCCACAAAAUUAAAACAAUUAAUUAUCAAUGAACGAGAGAAGAAAAAAGAAUUGCGACAACAAAAUUAUGAGCCAUUAAUUGUAAUUUCUCAUGAACAAUUGAAUAUAGAAAAUUUGAAAAUUGUAUCAGAUCCUAAUUUAGAUCUCGAUUAUGGAAGAACAUUAUCAGGAUUAAAUCUUGUUGGCAAUGAAUAUAGAGAGCCAAAAAAUGAUUUUCUAAUUGAUAAGAUUGUGGAAAAUCGUAAAGACAUUACCCAAAGAUUAGAAAAUUUAUUAAUUAAUACAAAUGAAGAAACAAAUGUGAUUAAUGAUGAUUUAAGAAAUGAUAUUUCAAAUAUAGAAAUCAAUGAAAUUAAUACUCAAAAUAUUAUUGUAAAUGAUGUUAAUAGAGUUCUCAUUUUAAAUAAUGAAGAAAUUUUUCAAAAUCCUGCCUUUCUAACUUUUAGGGAUAAUACAAAAAAUCUUCGAUAUUCUAAAAAAUUUAGAGAAUACUGCACUAAUAUGAUUUCAUCAUCUUUGAAUAAGAAAUUAGAAAUUUUUAUUUCUGAAUUAUUUAGGCUGCAAAAAAAAUUGUAUGAAAGAAAUAAUAUUAAAGGCAAAUAUAAACGAAGAUUUUACACAGGAUUUAAUGAAGUUGAGAAGCAUAUUAAUUUGAAAAAAAUUAAAUUUGUAAUCAUUGUACCUGAUCUUGAAAAGGUGGAAAUUGAGGGAGGUUUAGACGAUAUUGUAAAUAAAUUAAUUGGAUCAUGUAGAAAACAAAGCAUUCCAAUAUGUUUCGGUCUUUCUAGAAGAAAAUUAGGAUAUUUAACACAUAGAAAGGGAAUGGUUAGUUGUAUUGGCGUCUCCAAUUUUAGUAGUAUUGAGGAAAAACUUGAAAUAGUUUUGAACAGUUUGGUGGAGGCAAUAAAUGAAUUUCGAACAUUAAUAGGCGAAUUGAAUAAAUUGAUAGACGUCAAAAAAAUAAUGGAUGACGAUCUCCUACUUUCUGAGCGGAUAAAAAUUCUUUUAAAAAUUCUAACACCAACAACAUAAAAAUAUUAAAAAACAAUUCUCGCUUUUUUUUGUAAUGAAACUAUAUGUACUAUAAGCAGCAAAACCGUCCAAGUAAGAAUGUAAUUUUUUACAUUAAAAAUUUUUAUAUAUAUCAUAAAUAA